AUGUUUUUAAAAUCUUGCCUUUGGCGGCCUUUUAUUGGCCAGAUCCGGCUCAAUUCGAGACUGGCUCGUACUCUCCAGAAUUCUCAAGUUUUGGGAGUGCAAAAAACUCUGAAAAGGGCUCCUAAACCAGCUCUCCAGCUGCUCCGGAGAUCUAAACAGAAAGAAGACAACGAUACAGAGUCCGUCAUCACUAGUUUGCUCACAAAAUACAGCAACAGACAUGUAGAGCCCAGUGAAUUGACCAAGUACCUCAAACCGAUUACAUCCAUCACCGUGGGUGAGCAAUUCGACUUGGAAAAAGUCAGUCUGAUCUUGGAGAAGAAUGGCCUCCACCAUGGCGUUGUAGUUGCUGACGAGGUGGUACAGUGGGGUAUUGGAGGAGAGGAGAAGAUCAUGAUCUUGGCCAACGGAACCGUGGUGGGCUGGAACCUCACUGAAGAUCAGAUGAUGAGAGCAUAUGUGCCCACCAUCAUGUCUGCUGUGGUUGGAAAAUACUCGCCAGAGAGCGAGGAAAUGGACUAUGUGGAAAUACAAACGCCAACUGAUGAAGAGAAUGGCGCCUCGUUCAUGCAAGGCGAUGUGUUGGUUAUCCAGGGCAAGAAUGAUCAACAGAAGCAGUUGGAGAUGGCUGCGUUCGCCAUUGGCCUUUCGCGGUCCACUAGACUUUCAAUUCUCGAAGAAAGUUUGGAGAAGCACAUCCAGAUGACGCGAGCCAAUAGCGAAUCGCUUUCGAAGGGUUUGAGGCUCCAGACAAAAGAAGAGGACAUUCUCAAGUUGACAGGCCGUCUUUUCCUCAUUCGAGGUAAACUCAAUCUCUACUCUGAGCUUAUCGAGACCCCAGAUUUAUACUGGAGCGAGCCUACUCUUGAGAAAAUCUACGAUAGUGUGAGUCGAAGAUUAGACAUCUCCCUGCGGAUUGGCAUUAUGAAUCGAAAAUUAGAUUACGUCACAGACGAGCAGCGUGCCCUCCUCAGUGUUUUGAACGAGCAAAAGGGAACGCGGCUUGAGUGGAUCAUUAUCAUUUUGAUUAUGGUAGAGGUUUGCUUUGAAACGGUACAUUUUGUGGAGAAGUAUUGGGAUGGCCGUGAACGGGCCGGUUCCGGUGACGAUUGA